GGUGGUUGGUGUCCGUCCGAAGAUGCGUCGCACUCCGGCAGCAUCAGUACCAGCUCCGCCGUGCCUGUAAGAACAACCAGGGGGACAAAACAACCGGGCAGAAGGGAGGAGGAUCACCGGUGCAGGAGCUCCGGAGGGCGGCGAGAUGGGCGACCAGAAGGAAUCUCUGCGUAAAAUCACCCACACGUUGGCCAUGAAGAAUGAGGAGAUUUCAAACUUCGCCUGCACUCUGAAACAAAACCUCACCAACUUAGAGGUGAACUCCAGCAGGGUCCAGGAGGACCUGGAGUCCGAGUUCACCUCCCUCCACUCGGUUCUGGACGAGAUGAAGGAAAACAUGGUGACGCGCAUCAAACAGGAGAGAGCCAGCCGCACAUAUGAGCUACAGAGUCAGCUGAGUGCCUGCUCCAAAGCCCUGGAGAGCUCGGAGGAGCUGCUGGAGCUGGCCAACCAGACGCUCUGCUCCUCUGAGACGGACGGAUUCAACCAGGCGGCCAAAGACAUUAAGGAUAGUGUGACAAUGGCUCCGGCCUUUCGUCUCUCCCUGAAAGCUAAAGCCAGCGACAACAUGAGUCACUUGAUGGUGGAUUUCAGCCAGGAGAGGGGGGUGUUGCAGGGCCUCAAGUUUCUCCCAGUUCCCGCCACUCCAGAGAUCCAGGUCUCAGAGUGCCAGGUGUGCGACAACACGGUGACUAUGGUCUGGACCUUACCGGAGCCCGACAGCAAGAUAGACCACUACAUCCUGGAGCACCGACGCACCAACCACGAGGGUCCGCCUCGCAUCAGAGAGGACUACCCCUGGAUGGUGGUGGAGGGGAUACGAGAGCUGGAGCACACACUCACGGGUCUCCGCUUUGACACGCGAUACAUCACGUUCAGGGUGAGGGCGUGUAACAAGGCUGUGGCAGGAGAGUUCUCUGAGCCGGUUACGCUAGAAACCCACGCCUUCACCUUCAAACUGGACGCUGCUUCCUGCCACCAGAACCUGAAGGUGGAGGACUUGAGUGUGGAGUGGGACAGCAGUGGAGGAAAGAUUCAGGACAUCCGCAAGGAAAAGACGCGAACCAACUCCCCGAUGCAUUCUCCAGCCAGGUCGGCCCUGAUGUCGCCUAAGAGAGCGCCGACAGCCCGGCCAGGCAGAGACAGAUUCACAGCAGAGUCCUACACAGUGCUGGCUGACACCAUGAUCGACGCUGGCCAGCAGUACUGGGAGGUGCGGUUCGACAAGGAGAGCAAGGCCUUCGCUGUGGGCAUAGCCCUGCGGAGCCUCGGACGCUUCGACCAGCUGGGGAAAAGCAGCGCCUCCUGGUGCAUCCACCUGAACAACUGGCUGCAGCAGAGCCUCACAGCAAAGCACAACAACAAGGCUCGAACACUGGACUGCUCCAUCCCGAGCAGUAUAGGAGUCUACGUCAACUAUGACGAAGGUGUUCUGUCUUUCUACAACUCCAAAACUAAACAGCUGAUGCACACCUUUAAAACCAAGUUCCAGCAGCCAGUUAUACCAGCUUUCAUGGUGUGGAACGGCAGUUUUUCCGUAGUGACCGGCCUGCAGGUUCCCCUCGCGGUGCAGAGCGGCCAGAGGAAGAACAGCGGCACCAGCAGCUCCAACGCCAGCCUCACCUAAAGCCAGCUGGACGCCUCCCAGCUCUGCUUCCACCAUAUUCACCGCUAUCACCGCUGCAGAACAUCGCCUCUGCUCUGGCUGCGGU